CCAACCACACCACAUCUCCUCCAACUCCUCCAUUUGGUUGAGAAGAGGAGGCCUUCUUCGUAUUCCGGCCGGUAGGCCCUUCUGGGCCGCGAAGACGGCGGAGACGGCGGAGAGAGGGAGUCUGGGGAUUUUGUUUGGGAUGAGAUUAGGGGAAAAAGAGGACGCAAUGGAGGAGGAGGAGGAAGAGGAGGAGGAGGAGAGGGGUUCCGCUGCGGCGCCGCUGCAACUCCUUCCUCUCUUGCCUCAUUCCGCGCAGCCUUCGUUUUCCCAGCUGCGGUUCCCAUGGGCGUCCGAGGCCGGGAACGUGGAACUGUCGAUGCGAGGCUUCGAUGUGAACCGGGCGCCGUCUGCCGGGGAAGCCGAGGAGGUGGCGGCGGCGCCGUCGUCGUCGCCCAACAGCACUGUCUCUUCCUUCCAGAUGGAGUUUUCCGCCGGGGGAGGCGAGGGCGGAGCGCUGCCGGUGGAAAGGGCCUGUUCGAGAGCGGAUGUUGCAGAAGAACUUGCAGAAGAGCUACAGGCAACUCCCGAUUUGAUAAUCGGAAACUACAGCGACGGAAACCUAGAAGCAUCUUUGCUGGCGCAUAAGCUUGGAGUUACUCAGUGCACCACUGCACAUGCCCUGGAGAAGACAAAGUACCCGAAUUCUGAUAUUUAUUGGAAAAAAUUCGACAAUCAGUACCACUUCUCUUGCCAAUUCACAGCUGAUUUAUUUGCCAUGAAUCAUGCUGAUUUCAUAAUCACUAGUACAUUCCAAGAGAUUGCUGGAAGUAAGGACACCGUUGGCCAAUACGAAUCCCACACUGCAUUUACCCUUCCUGGACUCUACCGUGUAGUCCAUGGCAUCGAUGUUUUUGAUCCAAAAUUCAACAUUGUUUCUCCUGGAGCCGAUAUGUCAGUUUAUUUCCCUAAUUCUGAGAUUGACAAAAGACUCACACACCUUCAUCCUGAGAUCGAGGAGCUACUUUUCAGCACCACUGAUAACAAUGAACACAAGUUUGUGCUGGAUGAUAGGAGAAAGCCCAUUAUUUUCUCCAUGGCUAGAUUGGACCGUGUCAAAAAUUUAACCGGUCUCGUAGAGUUUUAUGGCAGGAAUGCGAGGUUGAGGCAACUAGUUAACCUUGUCGUGGUUGGAGGAGAUCAUGGGAAGGAAGCUAAGGAUAAGGAGGAAGUAGCAGAGAGGAAGAAGAUGUUUAGUCUCAUCGAGGAGUAUAAACUGAAUGGUCAGAUAAGGUGGAUCUCUGCCCAGAUGGACCGAGUUCGGAAUGGAGAGCUAUACCGAUAUAUCUCAGACAGCAAAGGCGCUUUCGUGCAGAUAGCAGAGCAAGAUUUGGUUGCCGGGUCAUUUAAGGGAUUCUCUGGACAUGUAGAGAUGGUAAACCUGCAGAUGCUCGUUUCUAUCGUCCAAAAGGUGCCGCUAUGGAUGACAAAGGGAAUGUGUAUGUUGCUGAUAUCUCCAAUAUGGCUAUUCGAAAGAUAACUGAAUCAGGUGUGACUACUAUUGCUGGAGGAAAAUCAAAUAUAGCAGGUUAUAGAGAUGGCCCGAGUGAGGAUGCUAAGUUUUCUAAUGACUUUGAUGUGAUAUAUGUUGGAAGAACUUGUUCUCUUCUAGUCGUGGACAGGGGUAAUGCUGCUCUUCGCCAAAUUUCUCUUCAGCAAGAGGACUGCCAAUACCAGUAUACUUCAGUAUCAACAUCAGAAGACCAGGAAGAAAAAAGUUGACAACAGACAAGAGAAGUCACCAGCAGCCGAUACUUCGCUGCAGCAUCAGUGCACGGAUGCCACCAGCAGCCUGACCCCCUGCAUGGACUAUGGCAGCGGCAGCAGCGACCGACCCAACAGCGACUGCUGCAACACCGUGAGGAACAUCCGGGGCACAAACCCCGUCUGCCUCUGCUACGCCGUACAGCAGACGCACAACUGCUCCUCCCCCUGGAGCGCCUUAGGGCUCAAGGUCGAACGCCUGCUCAUGCUGCCCGGUGCUUGCAACCUCAACAACUCCAACGCUAGCAAUUGUAACGGAACUACUGUGUUUCUUCUUCUGCUAGUGAAGAGAAACAUCUUGAGGAAGAAAGAGCUGAAAAGGAUAAGAAACGGAGAGUUGAAGCUUUGUCGGUUUUUUCUGAGAUGAUAGAAACUGAUCACAUGAUGGAUUCUUACUGGUCUGACUUGAUAUCUCAUAACCGCCCUACUAAAAUCGAAGUCGAAGUUCAUGCUC